UUUAUGGCGACAGCUGUGGUGCUACUCCGAUACUACACAUUCCAAACGUUGCUGACAUCCAGAAGGCCAGUCAUACUCACAUUGUUUAUGCGGACAGACUCUUGCACUUUCUGGUUCCUUGUGGUGAUACUUUUCAUCAUAUUCACUUUCUCUUUUCGUCCACUCCCUUUUUCAUUUGUUAGAAUCUUUUCUGGGUUGUUUAUUCAAAUCUUUAAACCUCCAUGGAGUUUUUUUCUGACUCAAAUGUAAUUGUCUUUACUUCAGAGCUGGAACACAAUGACCGGAUUGAGUUAACCUUUACAUGCGCAACCAACAGGAGUUCCCCUUUAAGAUAAUGACUAUUUCAACUGAUGCAUCAAGAUGACAUUUUUAAAGCCGACCUCACAAGCCAGACAGGUCCACGAUGGCCUUGAUGAAGAUGGUGUCGUCUCGCAAGUACGGGCUCUUGUCGGCCAGCUUCCCCAGCGGGCAGAAGAGCGGGCAGCCGCUGGCGAUGUUCAUCUCGCUGGUGGGCCGCUGGAAGGACGUGGAGGUGACGUCGGGCCUGAAGGCGUCGAUGAUGUGCUCGCGGUUGUUCUGGUCCAGGAGCAUCAGCGUCACCUGGAGGCAGACCGCAGUGUCGGAGCCAUGAUUCAUGUCAAUCCACCUGGUGCAACAGCUCUCCAAGACAGAAAACACCCAUUCAACAACAAAAUCCUGUGAUUAACCUGCAAAUAAUCUGGAUAAUUCCAAUUUGGUGGGAGGAGCCAAAAAGGGCAGGCGGAGUUUAUCCAAUUGUAAGCAUUGACUACAAAUGACUUCCAAUGCCAACGCUGGAGCUUUUCAACUAUCAAAAGUGUGUGGCCUCCAGCUGAUAAAUAACAAGGGCAAGUUCCGAGGUUACAGUUAUUGCAAUGAAGAACUAUAUCCCGGCCACAUUCCCACAACUCCCAUUCAGAAGGCCUUGCUGGCAGUUGGCUCAGGUGUCGCUGCCCUUCAAGACCCUUAUCGACACGACAUGGUGGCAGUGCUCGGCGAGACAACAGGACACUUUGCUUUGUUAAACCUCAGGGACCGGAUGAGAAAUGACCCGGAGGGACACGUGGUCCUCCAGGACAGGCCAAGAAUCCGGCUGUCGACGCUGGACUUGAGAAAAAUGGCCUCCUUACCUGAGGGAACCUUUGGCCGAGAAUACCUCCGUUUUCUGGAAGACAACCAAGUGACCCCUGACUCGAGGGCAGAUGUAAAGUUUGUGGACAACGAGGAGCUAGCUUACGUCAUGCAGAGAUACAGAGAGGUCCACGACCUGCUGCACACCCUACUGGGCAUGCCCACCAACAUGCUGGGUGAAGUGGCUGUAAAGUGGUUUGAAGCCGCUCAGACUGGGCUCCCCAUGUGCGCCCUCGGAGCUCUGCUGGGCCCACUUCGACUAAACCCAAAUCGCCUGCAGCAGCUGGUCACAUCUUUGGGCCCCUGGGCCGUGCAGAAUGGCCGACGGGCCCGGUGUGUCCUCAGCGUCUUCUAUGAGAGGCGAUGGGAGCAGAGCGUCGAGGACCUGAGACAGGAGCUGAACAUCGAGCCUCCUCCCACCCAGUAAUCACGUAAAUAAUGACUUGCUCAGUGGCCUUGUGGUUAGAGUGUCCGCCCUGAGACUGGAAGGUCGUGUGUUCGUACCAAAGACUAUAAAAAUGGGACCCAUUGACUCCCUGCUUGGCACUCAGCAUCAAGGGUUGGAAUUGGGGGCUAAAUCACCAAAUUAUUCCAGAGUGCGGCCCCCGCUGCUGCCCACUGCUCCCCUCACCUUCCAGGGGAUGGGUCGAAUGCAGAGGACACAUUUCACCACACCUAGUGUGUGUGUGUGUGUGUGAUGAAGCUUUGGGACUUUAACUUUAAAUCCUAAUGGACUCAUGAGGUGGCGAGGACUAAAAAUGGAUGUUUUUGUUUUUUGCAUAGACUGAAUAGUCUCAUUAUGAUCGGAUGUAUACUAUGUAUAUUUAUUCAACUAAAUGUUUUGUGCCUAAGCAUAUAGUUUAUCGUGUACAUUACAUUUUUUUAUUAGAAAAUAUUUGUGAGGAAUAGUACAAAAUAUUCAUACUCCAAUGGCAACGCUCCCCCCUAGUGGCUGUAUAAAAAUCUAAACAUCAUCCUAUUAUUUGGCCCCUAGAGGGAGACAAACCGAAAGCUGUUAAGAAUAAUUAUACUUGGAAUAAACAACUUUUUGCCCAUA